CAAAAUUGGCAAGCCUGUUAAACCUGGGCCUGGGCUGGCCAUCCCAGGGUCACUGGACUAGGAUGGGGGAUGGGCCUGUGACAGGAGGUGCCCUGGGUGUCCUCUUUCGGCCCCAUGGAGUCCUCUCCCAUCCCCCAGUCAUCAGGGAACUCUUCCACUCUGGGGAAGGUCCCUCAAACCCCAGGUCCCUCUACUGCCAGUGGGGUCCCAGAGGUGGGGCUGCGGGACGUGGCCUCGGAAUCUGUAGCCCUUUUCUUCAUGCUCCUGCUGGACUUGAUCGCUGUGGCUGGCAAUGCUGCUGUGAUGGCUGUUAUCGCCAAGACACCCGCCCUCCGAAAAUUUGUCUUCGUCUUCCACCUCUGCCUGGUGGACCUGCUGGCUGCCCUGACCCUCAUGCCCCUGGCCAUGCUCUCCAGUUCUGCCCUCUUUGACCAUGACCUCUUCGGGGAGGUCGCCUGCCGCCUCUAUUUGUUCCUGAGCAUAUGCUUCGUCAGCCUGGCCAUUCUCUCGGUGUCGGCCAUCAAUGUGGAACGCUACUAUUAUGUUGUCCAUCCCAUGCGCUAUGAGGUGCGCAUGACGCUGGGGCUGGUGGCCUCUGUGUUGGUGGGCGUGUGGGUGAAAGCCUUGGCCAUGGCUUCUGUGCCAGUGUUGGGAAGGGCCUCCCGGGAGGAGGGAGCUCUCAGCGUACCCCCAGGCUGCUCACUCCAAUGGAGCCGCAGUGCCUACUGCCAGCUUUUCGUGGUGGUCUUUGCUGUCCUUUACUUCCUGUUGCCUCUGCUCCUCAUCCUUGUGGUCUACUGCAGCAUGUUCCGAGUAGCCCGAGUGGCAGCCAUGCAGCAUGGACCGCUGCCCACGUGGAUGGAGACACCCCGGCAACGCUCUGAGUCUCUCAGCAGCCGCUCCACUAUGGUCACCAGCUCGGGGGCCCCCCAGACCACCCCACACCGGACGUUCGGGGGAGGGAAGGCUGCAGUGGUCCUCCUGGCUGUGGGGGGACAGUUCCUGCUCUGUUGGUUGCCCUACUUUUCUUUCCACCUCUACAUUGCCCUGAGUGCUCAGCCCAUUUCGACUGGGCAGGUGGAGAAUGUCGUGACCUGGAUAGGCUACUUCUGCUUCACUUCCAACCCGUUCUUUUAUGGAUGUCUCAACCGGCAGAUCCGAGGGGAGCUCAGCAAGCAGUUUGUCUGCUUCUUCAAGCCGGCUCCAGAAGAGGAGCUGAGGCUACCAAGCCGGGAGGGCUCCAUUGAAGAGAACUUUCUGCAGUUCCUUCAGGGAUUGGCCUCCUUGAUCUCUCUCCUCAUGGCAGUGACCCACCUCCAGCCCCCUGGACUAUCGGGUACAAGAGACUAAGGUUGGGAAUGGGAAGGGUGGGGUUUCCAUGGUCCAUUAAAUGCCUCCUACUCCCAUCCAUCGCUCUCAAAAUUAGCUUCAGUGACAAAGACUUAAGUCUCUCUCCUAUCUGCAGCCCUGGGUUGGAGAGAGGGCCUGAGAGUUGGGUUCAGAUGUUCACUAAUUGAGACUGUAGGAACUUGUUGGUUGCUAUCAGUGGUGAUAUUUGCAAGGGAGGGGGAAUAGUUGCAAAAUGGACAGGACACCCAUCUGGGACUACUUGUCUAUCCACUUCCCUCAGUUGAAUCAAGUAACAUUCAAGGGUUGAGGCAGGACAAGAGGGUGCUUUGAUCUGUAUUUGAACAAAUUCCUGGCUCACUGAACAUUAAAGGGAAGAUGGGCUGGUGGGAGUGGGAUAGUUUCCCCUUUGAAUGGCCAAUAAAUACUUUUUAUUAUAAAAAGUUAUUCUGAUAUCAACAUUUACUAUUUCAGUUCAAUUCAGUGCAUAAUAGUUGAAUACCUAGUAUUCUCUGGGAUCCACACAGUCACUGCCUUUGAGGAGUUCAUAGUCUAAUUAUAUCAGGUACCUUGUAUUUUUACAGAGCACUUAUAUCCGGUAAAGCAUUAAAGAAUGUUUGAGAAAUAUAUUGGAGAAUACAUUGGAGCUCAGUCCACUGCAGCAAGAUACCUACAUGGAAGCUUCCUGUGGAUUGUGGAACGUGUGAGGGUUGUAAAUGAAAUUCUAGCUGCAGACAAGAAUUUAUUAAGAAACUGGGCAAACAGCUUUCCCCCUUUAGAUGUAGGAGAAUUUACAGGUUUCUGUCUUCCUACCACCAGACUUACUUUAGUCUAGAACCUAUUACACUGAAGAAAUCCCUUAGAUAGUACAUCUACCAAGGAGAAUCCUUCGUGAUUGAAAAACAUGCUCUUCUCGCUCUCCUCCCUUUUAAGAUAAACUCAGAAGGGAGACAUCUCACUUGUAGAUAAGGGGUUCUCUUCAAACAUCAGGGAUCAGCUAGUAGGCCUUAAGCAUCGCCAGCAGGUGGCAGUGUGAGUCCAGUAGAAACAGGAAAGGAGCUUGCAUGGGGGAGUUGGGGGUGGGGAGAGGGAGUGAGGAGAGGGGAGAACAGGAAACAUUGUCUGGCAGCCAUUUUGUUAAUUUAUUUUGUCUUCUCCUUUGCCUUGCCCUCCAGCCCUUCCUUCACAUACAUCAAAAAAGAAAAUUUUAAGUGCAAGGAUAUCUCUAAUUCAGGCUUGUAUUUCCUGACACUGAACUCACUGGUGUUUAUUACAGAAUUUGACAUAGGCUGGUUCAUUUGCCACUUAUUUUUCCCUGAGUGGAUCAUGAAGGAAAUAAAAAUUUCUAUUAUGUUGACAACUCGCCCAACAGUUUCUGCCAUGACCAUCUUCCAGUUGUUUUCCAAUCACCAGGACCACUUGGUAAAGUUUUCUGUGUAGUUCUUGGCUGUGAAAGCUGUUCCUGGACAAAAUCUGACCUCUCUAGUGGGCUCAAGAAUCAACAGGUUGAGACAUCUGACCCGUCAGUUACUUUUCCUGUACCUGGGUGGUGUUGGGGUAACUUCCAAGCCUAGAUGAAAACUUUCUGUUUUUAGGUCUCCUCAGGUAACAUCUUACAGUGGCAUGGUAGAAAAGGGGUGAAUUUGGAGGCAGACAUCUACUUUUCACUGUGUGAACUUGGGAAAGAUGCUUAAUUUCUCUGAGCCUAUUUCUUCAUCUGUAAAAACAGGGGUAACAUUACCUACCUCACAGGGUUGUUGUGAGGAUUAAAAGAGAUGACCAUGUGGAAGCACCUAGCCAUACCUGGCAAAUAGGUACUCAAUAAAUAUUGGUUCUACCCUU